UUGUCUCUUACAUUUUUUCAUAUACUGUCUUUGUCCUGUCUGAAGCACCCUGUCAGGCCUGAACAAAUUGCCUCUCUGGGAUUAUUAAAGUUGAAUUGUAAGUUUCGAGAAUUCAAUUUAAGAUUUUUUUGUGCAUCCUCUGCCCAGAGGCAGCGGGCGCUCCGUGUCACGCGACUCGGGAUCGACCUGUGUCGUGCUUUGCUCUCUGGAGCAGGCCGUCGCUCAACAGAGUGAUGAAUGGGGUAGCGUUGAGGUGGAUCAAAUGAAAAUGAAUCUUUCUGGUGUUUGUGAGACGUAUAUCCGGUGGCAAUGGCAAGACUGAGAAUACCCUAUCUGUUUUGUUGAACUAUGACAGAGUUUCUACCUGAUAUGGUUAUCUUAUAUUUGCUAUUCUGUGAGGGCCCAUGUUCCGAACCCUGCUAUGGUGCUUUAGGUGUAAAGGAUUGACAUGUUGCAGCAGUGUCUAGAAGGGAGAGUGUUGGGAGUUGGGAUAGAGAAAGCACUGUGUCAACUGUGUGCCCUGUGAGAGAGAGACAGGUUGAGAUUGACAGAAUUUGAGUGCAGAAAGUGUCCUAUGCCGAGGCAGUGAAGAGAGUAGAGGACAGCCCAAGGGUGAGUGAGUAGGCCUGAAGAGAGAGAUCCAGAAAGGAUGAGUUUUAGUAAAGUAUGGCUUCUUGUGUUUAUUGUUAUGGUUAUUAACUGUCCUGCACUGAUAGAGUGUAAAUCUCAGAAAAUACAGCUAACUACCAAAAUAAUGCAAAGAACUGAGUAAAUGAGGGAUGAAAAGUAUAUUAAAAAGCAGACGCUUCCACACAGGAUGGUUCAACAUGGUUCAACCUUGAGCGCCUGUUUUGGCAUUAAGUUCCAAAAAGUAACUUGCUGACCACUUCUACCAUGGGCAAAUAUGUAUGGAAUAUUUCAUUCAAAUCAAAAAAGGGUUGUGAUUGAAAUCAAAUGGAACGACCCUUCUGUUUUGUAGGUUAUUUGAACACAUACCCCUCAUUAACUCAUUUGAAACAGGCUUGUUUUUAGAGAGACAGUAAACCUAGGCUAGAUCAAAGGACAGUUAAAUAUUAACAGUACUGAGGUGAUGUAGAUGGAAAAGUAAUUAUAUUGUAUUUUAUUCUACUCAUCUUGCUAACACUGUUCUAAGUGAUCUAAGCUUUUAAGACUGAUCUUGAAUAGGAGAUAAGCAGUACCGUAUUUCAAAGAACAGUGCGCAUACGCUUUUCAUUUAGCCACACCCUUUGAGCGACAACAUCCUUUCUCAUCGGUAUAAACGGAAGUAAACAGUAACUAAGAAUACUUUCCACGUUAGCGUUUUUGAUUUAUUUAGACGUUUAUUAACACCCUGGAACUCAAACUAUGGCUAAUUUAACUGCACAGCACCACAUACUUACCCCAUGUAGUCUUUAAUCCUCGUUGGAGACAGGACUUGGAUGGUCAAGAGGUUAGCUAUCUAGGUAACGCUACCUAGCUACUAAGUUAGUUAGCAAUGGCUGCUAACUGUAUGGUUUUUCACACUCAAAUAGCCUCCAUAAUGGAGGUGCUAGCGAAUGCCGCAGUGGCAGAGGUCUGUAAACUCGUAGACGACGACUAUGCAGUCUUUCGUUUGGAAAUUACUCAAAGCCAAAAAGAAACCAGUGCACUGCGGAGGAAACUACAGCUACUUGAACUGAAAUUGUCACGGGAGCGCGUCCUCGCCAGUCGUCCCAGAAGUGUCAAGAUCCUCGAUCGAUACAGAGGAAUGGCAAGAGCUGAAGGAGAUCUCACUGGAGGCCACAAGAGCUUUGUGAAGCCAGCGGGACACAAUACAUGGAGAGAUGACCAACCAAUCACUGUUGAUGAGGGGAGUCGAACCUCAACCCAGCACGUUAUCGUGAUAGAGGAUACAGAGGUUGCAGGUCCUGGGGUCAAGCAGGAGAGGUCUGAAGGAGAGGAGGACCCACAGCACAGCAGAGACAUCCAGAUUGCAGUGGCUGGAGCUUCCCCUGAAGCCAUGGCGGACCUUGCCGCCACGCCCCAGCCCAGGACCCGACGCAGCAUCAUGGAGGAGGAGGAGGGUCCAGAGGUGCUGCUGAUGAAGGAGGAGGGGUGUGAGGAGGGUCUGGGGAAUCCUGAGGGAACCAUGGUCAUGGAGGACAAUCAGACUACACCUCCACCUGAGUCAGUAGACAUGGAGGAUUGGAAGCCUGAUCUGCUGCUCAUCAAAGAGGAGACCAUAGAGGACCGACCAGAGAGCAUUGACCUGCUAAGUGGACUAAAGAUGGGGGAGCAAGGUGGUUGGCUGGAGGAUGACAGGGAAGACUGGGCGGCCAUCUUGGAUUCCCAGACGGGUGCAGCCAAGGGCCCGGUGGACAACCUCACUGACCAGGCCAGGACCAGAGGAGACAUAGUGGAGGACAGUAGAUGGCACAGUGUCCUCAACUCUAGGCUGCGGGACAACACUGUUAACCACAACCAGAAAAAGACAAUUGAGCACAAAACAACAACCAAACUUAGUCUCCAUGACAACAGAUUGUCUGAAACCAGGAUGAGACAUAGAUUUGGUCUGGGGGGGCGGGGAGGUGUCCAUAUGCAGCUGGAGAGAACAGACAUAGACUUGGUUAGCGAUGCUCCAUCCUGCUCCUAUAGUUGUGAUCCAGAGAGAAUGAUGACGCCUCAGGUUAACCCCCUAACAGGUGCUGCCUUCAGCCUGCCUUCUUUAGGAUCUAUCAACUGGAACAUGGACCCUGCGACAACACAGACACUCCCUGGUCUUUGUCCUCCUCACACUCCCCUAAUGUUAAACCAGACCUCAGACAAUGCCAGUGCCUCAACACUAAAUGGCUACACAAGCCCAUUGACAAAUGACAUUAGUAGUGACGGAAUCAGUAAAGGUGUCAGCGCCAAAGAGAAGCGCUUCUCGUGUUCGUUCUGUGGGAAAGUAUUCAGUUUCCCCAAACAGGUGGCGAUCCACCAGAGGAUGCACACGGGGGAGAAACCGUUCGGCUGCCACCUGUGCCGGGCCAGUUUCUCGGACUCGUCCAACCUGAAGAGGCACCAGAGGGUCCACACAGGGGAGAAACCCUACAGCUGCCCCCAGUGUGAGAAGAAGUUCUCCCACCAGCCCCAUCUGAAGAGGCACCUGAAGAUCCACACUGGAGAGAAGCCGUUCCCCUGUAUUCAGUGCGGGAAGAGGUUCUCAGAGAGGGGCUACCUCAGGAUACACCAGCAGAAAAUGCACACCGCCCAUGUAUAGAGUAUAGUGACAAAGUAGUGAAGAUGUGUGUAUUGUAAUGUUGAAUCUUUUCCAAAGUAUUCUAAAAUGAAUUUGAUAAAUGCGAGGGUACCAGAUUUACAGAAAAGUUUGUUACCAUAGUGAGAAAAGUUAUCGUACUAAAUUUUAUGUGAGUGUAUGACCAUUUUGUUUAAAUUAAAUACAAAAUUGACUCUGUGCUGACUGACUAGGUUAUGUAUCAUUGCAGGGACUGAGCUUCCCCUAUCUCAGUGGAACCAAAACAUUGAACUUAAUUCUUGAAUCAUGACAUUUAAAUAAUAAACUCCAAUGGCUCCAUA